GAUGAGUAAAAUCCACAAGCCUUUCAGGUUUGAGGCUUAUUGGAUUGAUGAACAACAGUGUGGUGAAGUUAUUAGGGACAGCUGGAGUGUGGAUGUGAAUGGCUCAACAAUGUAUAGGCUCAAGCAGAGAUUGAGAAAUUGCACUACAGAGUUGAAGAGAUGGAGUCUGACCCAUUUCAAGAAUAAUAGGAAACAGAUUGAGAAUUUGAAGGAUAGAUUGGUGGAGAUCCAGAAUGGGCAUGUUCACAAUACAGCACAAAAUGAGGCCAAGGAGAUAAAAGCUGAGGUGGACAAGAUAUGGAAAAGAGAGGAAAUGUAUUGGUGCCAGCGAUCUAGACUGAAUUGGCUCAAGUAUGGGGACAGAAACACGAAAUUUUUUCACACUACUACUAGUCAGAGGAGACAGAGGAACAAAAUCAUCAUGCUUAAGGAUAGAGAAGGAGGAUGGGUUACUGACAUGGAGUAGGUCAAACGGAUGAUUCAGAACCAUUUCUUGGAGCUGUACACGUCAGAGGGGGAAAGAGAUUACUCUCAAACACUGCAAGGGAUGCCUCAGAUGGUAACUACUGAGAUGAACAACUGCCUGCUAAGGCCUCUUACCCAAGAGGAGGUCAAAGCAGCUACAUUCAGUUUGGGGGCAUUGAAAGCACCUGGACCUGAUGUACUGUCAGGUAUUUUCUAUCAGAAGUACUGGCAUAUAUUAGGAAAUGAUGUUUACGAUGCAGUUCUGUCUUUUUUUCAGUCGGGGUUUAUGUUAAGAGAGCUUAAUGAAACUAAUGUAAUACUAAACCCAAAAGUG